AGCCAAUAGCCAAGAUGCAACGUAUCGUGUGUGGUUACGUACACAGCCUUCUGAUCGAGCUACAGAAUAGCUGCAACGAAAACAGUGAUUUCCUUGCACAUCAGUCUUAUGAAGAGCAUCAAAAUUGAUAAUAUGGACCUCAGUUACCUGCAUACCCCGGCUGUUGAAACCUUCAACUACACAACAGUGGUCAGGGUGGCUAGCGAAAAUGCUCGUUUACGUCCUAACCAAGAGAUAUUUGUCCUUCGGGAACUGGAUGGAUCACGUUUCAGUCUGACCAAUGCCAGUUUGUAUCAACAGGCUGCCCAUCUGGGGAGGUACUUAGUGUCACAAGGCAUUAAGAAAGGCGACAUAGUGGCCAUCAUGGGUCCCAACACCCUCGAGAUGGUUGUAGGAAUGUUAGGAAUCCUUACAGCUGGGGCUGUUGUCUUGAAUUGCACCAUUAAUAUGAAAACAGCCUUAGAUGUGAGGAAUCUGUUUCAGCUCACCGACGCAAAGUGUAUUUUAGUGGAUCCUGGAAAUAAUAACUCUCUUCUUGAUCCUGUGAAGGCAAUGCUUGAUAAUUGCAAUGUGCAAAAGGAUGACAGGAAAGAAGAUGGUCUGAUUAAGGUGAUCUUUCUCCGCAAAACUGACGUCGAGGGUUUCACGAUGACGGACACCCUCCAUACAAUACUAUCACAGGAUAUGAAAAAGGUUGACCUUCCAAUUACUUAUCCAGACGAUCCCGCUAUAAUAUCCACAACUUCCGGAAGCACAGGGUUUCCAAAAACGGUUCUCCAUUCCAAUUUCAAUGUUUCGAGUUACCCCUUCUCUUGGACCCCUACUUCGGUGGAUUAUGAAAUCAUAAUGUACAACGACCGUCCGUUCAGUUGGGGUGGAGGAUCUCCCAUCCUAAAUAUUCUCAGGAGCAUGACAAGGGUUUUUAUGGAUGUAGCGAUAACCAUGGGCGGAAAUAAUGCAGAUUUUCUUUGGCAAGUGGUGAAGGAAGAACGAUGUACGGAUGCACUUUUCUUCACAUACAUAAUGCAGGACCUCCUCGGGUUACCACCGGCUGUCACAGAAGAUGGGUUCAGACUCCAACAUGUAGCUACUGGGGGACAAAUAAUUGAUAACUUCUAUACACAAAUCACAAACCGAUUCUGUCACUCACUCAUAGUUGUGUACGGAACGACAGAAUGCAUCCCUGUCGCCUGGAACGGACCCGUGACGCAAGGCGAGAAUCUACCAGCUGGAGACGUGGGACGACCAUAUUAUGGUGUAGAAAUACGGGUAGUCGACGCUCAAGAAACGACUGUGCCCUUGGAAACCGUGGGUAAGGUUCAGGUCCGCUCACCGUACUUGAUGAAAUGUUACUUUGGCAACGAAAAGUUGACAAAGGAUGUAUUCACUGACGACAGGUGGUUUAGAACAGGCGAUGUCGGUAAAAUUUCAAAGAUGGGUAACCUCAUUAUCCAUGGAAGGGAAUCUGACGCCAUAUCUAGAGGAACGCGCAAAGUUUACCCAGCUAUGUUGGAGCAACUGGUCAAACAGAUGGAGUCGGUUAAGGAUGUUUGCAUCGUACCUGUCCCAGACAAGAGACUUUACGAGGAGAUAUGUGUAUGCUUUACAUUCUCUGGGAAAGUCACAAGAGAUGAUGUACAACAGUUUUGUCAGCAGACCCUUUUCAAAGAAAGCACCAUUGACAGCCUUGGGGAAAUGCCAACUUAUUUCUUGCUGUUUGAAGAAUUCCCCAAAUUAGCCAACGGAAAAACAAACAAAAGAGCUGUUGCAAUGGAAGCUACACUGAGGCUAGGUUUAACUGAAGUGCGUGAACAGGUCAUGGCUUGAUUGUUUCAAAACUGAUGAACUUGAGUAAAGAUCAGUACAGUA